AUGGAGGACGCCAAGCGACCGGUCUUUGGGGCCGAGGCGGAGCGUAUCGGCACCCGAUUGGAUGAGGCAACCGAUGAGUUCCUUAAGGAAACCAAAAGCUGCAGAGCUCUGCAGAUCCCACCAGGGCAGGAUCAGUUGACAGCAAUGGAGUUUGUGGCCUAUUUGGGCAUCAACCUUCAGCUGGAGCCAGAGCUGUCUUGGGUGGCGAGGGAAAUGCUCGCCGCUCCCAUGCCACCCCAAGCCGAGAUGAAGGUGAGCAAGGCUGGCGUGUGCUACUUCCAUGACUUGCUCAACGAUUACUACACGAUUGAGCACCCCUUGACGCAGAGGUACCUCAAAGUCUUGGAGCGCCAGCGGCUGGAUCUCCUGUGCCUGCGGACCAAGCCGUCCGUGAACGGCCUGCUCUUCUCGCAGCCAGACAUGCUCUUCAACAAGCAGUUCCGCAACCUGCAGAUUCCAUGUCAGUCCUGUGGGGUCAUGCAAUCCACGCUCAAGUGCAACCAGUGCCUCAUGUCCUUCUGCCAAUCUUGCGCCGACUCUCUGCACAAGAAUGCGCUGGGCCCGAGGUUUGACGAAGUCCUAGCCCACUACAAGGCACAGGGCUACACGAAGAAGGAGGUGCAGAGUUAUUGGGACCAGGUCUGCAAGCCGAAGGGCACCAAGGAAACCAAGGCUAAAGCCAAAGCGGCACCUGCAGCCAAGGUAAAGGCAGCUCCGAAGCCGAAGGCCGCGGAGAAGCCCGAGGCAAAAGCCAAGGCCAAGGCUCUUCGCGGUGCAAGGGACCUGGCGGCGGAGGUGGGCCCGCCUCCGAUGAAGAGCCUGCGAUUGCCCAGAACGCGCGCAGUCCUCAAGGACAUGAAGAGGCGCGAAACGGAUUGGAGAAUUGGCGCCAUUGUUUACCAACUCUUCGUUGACCGGUUCGCGCCAUCUGUAGACUUUGAAGCCAAGAAGCACCUCUACCCGGAGGAGGCAACUUUCCAUGGCUGGGAUGAGUUGCCGCAGCCGGGAAAGCUUGUGGAAUCUGCCGGAUACUACAGCAACGAGCUCGCAUUUUGGGGUGGAGACCUGCCCAGUCUUACCUCCAAGCUGGACUACAUUGAUGGCCUAGGAGUCGACGUGCUGUAUCUGCAGCCCGUCACAAAAAGCUACUCCAACCACAAGUACGACACCAUUGACUACAAGCAGUUGGACUCGCAGUAUGGCACCGAUGCUGACUUCAAGACGCUGACGACGAAAGUUCACGAGAAAGGUAUGAAGCUGGUCCUCGAUUUUGUGUUCAAUCACUGCGGCAAGCGCUGCCAGUGGGUGCAGGACGCCCUUGCGGACACGUCAUCUUCCAGGAGAAAGUAUUUCUUCAUGGGGGACGAGUACAAGCCUCACGGGUACAAGGUUUGGGGCUGUGCUCCGGCUUUGGUGGAGCUUGCCCUGGAGAGCAAGGAGUUGCAGAAGCACCUCUGGGAUGCCCCGGAUUCGGCCCUGGCCACCUGGCUGGCCCAAGGUGCGGAUGGAGCACGCCUGGAUGUCGCCUCAGAGAUAGGCCUGCAUCUCCUGGAAUCCAUCACCCGCGCAGCUCACAAGCACAAGAAGGACAGCUUGGUCAUUGGAGAAGUCUGGGCGUAUUCGCCCCAUUGGACGCAGUCCAUGGAUGCAGUCAUGAGCCUUCACCUGGGCGUGCUCAUUUAUGGGCUGGCCGAGGGCACCUUGCCUGGCCCAACCGCAGCCCAGAGCCUCUCCAGGAUGAUAGCAGAUUCAAGCCCGGACGAGGUGCUGAAGUGCUGGAUCGUCGUCAGCAACCACGACAUGCCGCGCCUAGCCCACAGACUACCGGAGCUGCAGGCACGCAAGUUUGCCCAGUGCCUACAAUUUACCUGGCCGGGCUGUCCUCUCAUCUACUACGGUGAUGAGCUGGGAUUGGAAGGUGGUGAGGACCCGCAUAACCGAGCCCCUAUGCCGUGGGAGCGCAACAACGACCAGAAUGAGAUGCUGCAGCAUACGAAGAUGCUGAUACAGCUUCGGAAGGACAACCGCGCCUUGAGAAUAGGCAACUAUCGAGAUCUGCCCAGCACGAAGCUGAUGGCAUUCAUCCGCACGACAGAUCGUGUCAGUGAUGUGAUCAUCGUCCUUGCAAAUCCGACGUCGGAGGUUGUCAAGGAGAUGGUUGUGGUGCCUGUUCCAGCCAUCUUGGGCCACACGCUCUUCAAGGAUCAGCUGAGCGGAGAGGAAACGCGUCUCCUCGGCUCCACACUCACCGUGGACGUAGCUCCGAAGACGGCGCAGGAGGAGAUGGUAGUGGCAGAGGUGCAGUGGAUGGAUGUCUGUGCAGUGGAGGAAGCCUCCCCAAACUUGUUUAAUCUGCUCAUCUCGAUGAGCUCCUCCUGGGAGGGCGUCCUCCCUCCGUGGAAGAACCACACCUUCCUCACCACCGCCUGCGGCAGCCUGUGCUCAACCUGCGCGGUGAAGAAGCCGCAGGUCUUCUGUGCCAACUGCGAGGACUACUUCUGCUUCAAGUGCUUUGAAGACAUGCAUCGACGUGGAAAUCGAUUGCAGCACAAGUCCAUGCUUGUGAGCGUGUCAGAUGGCGACGUGAUUGAGCCGCAGAAGCGCUGCGAGGAAUGUGAAGAUCGCCCAGCAGCCUUCGCAUGCGAUUAUUGCUUGGACAACUACUGCGUGCAAUGCUUCUGGAAGUGUCACUUCAACGGCCACCGGCGCCAGCACACCGCCUCCAAGGUGGCGGUCGUCCCCAUGUGCAACCAGUGCCAGAACGUUCGCGCCACGAUCUUCUCCGAGCAAACCCAGGAGUUGAUGUGCACAGAAUGUUUCACCAUGCUGCACGCCAAGGGCAACCGCAUGUUUCCUGGCUCGGUUUGGGGCAUCUUGUCCGCUUCAUGCGCAGUCUGGGAUUUGCUGGAGGAUUUGCUGGUGCUGCUAGAGCGCCUGGAUCCAGCUUUCCAGGAGCACAUGCGCAGAGCUCGACCUCGUGUACUCUGGGCACUCAGCCAAUUGCAAGGUUGGGUGAAGGGCAUCGAAGCGCGCCGGAACUUCAAGAAGAGAAAGGACGUGGUCUUGAUGAUCCAGAGACGCUGGCGUGGCGUGCUGACGCGGCGCCGCUUGUUGGGCAUGCUGCACAUGCACAAGUGGCGAAGGCGCCAAGUGAACAACUACUUCCUCCCCAAGACAGCGGCCGAGCGGCGGGCGGUAAAGCAGAAGACGACGGCCAUGCUGUCGGCCAAGGAAGAAGGGGGAGAUGGGGGGAAGUGUGCUGGCGUGCGUUGCGGUGCGAAGGGCCGAAGAGAUAUGCACACGGUUCCUGCUGCUCAGGAUGUCACGACCCGUGCGGCCAACCAGUCACUGCGGGAGCUGCGGCAGACGAUCCUUUCAACCGCCAACGCAGAUCCACUGGAGGAGCGCCGUGGUGUAGACCAAGCUGCCGCUUGGGACGCGCAGCUCACACGGGAUCAGAUGGAGGCCCUACCCGGCGCAGAGGCCACGAUGGGCGCCUCAGGUUCCGGCUUCGGCUCCUUCGGUGCCAUUCCUGCGGGCGCCCAGACGGCACCGCCCGGAGGCAUCUCACCGUAUACCAGCUACGAGCAGAGCACGCGCUUCAACGGGGCCCUCACCGGGCCGGCCGGUGCCGCCACAACGCAGGACUUGUCCAAGAAGGACAUCCGCAACACUCGCGACAGCACCCUUCGGCAGAUUACGCGUUUGGACUGA